AUCUUAAUGAGCAUUAUUUUUGAAAUCUUUAGAUGUGUUUUUAUAUGACUGCAUAAUACUGUCUUCCUCAGUCUAAGAAGCCAGUAGAGACAGAAUUGUCAAAUAUUUAUACCCUUCUCACCCAUCUUGGUGCCAGUCAUACUUAGGCGUUCAACUAAUAUUCUCUAGGAGUAAUAGUAAUGAUUUUACAGGCAAAGUAUACAUAUAUUUUACUUGUAAAUAUUGACAGGAAUUAGGUAACAUUUCCAAAUUCCAUGCUUUAUAGCUUCUUGAUACUCUGCUUUUGAUGUUUUAAUUAAAUCCUACUCGUAAGAAGUGUGGGCACAUAAUCGGUAGAAUGGUUCUGAUAAAAGUGAUCACUGACGUUUAAUAUUAUGGCUUCUAUGACUAGUAGAGAUAUAAUGUGGACUUUACUCAGUCCAUAAUAAUGUUAAAGGAAGUACCCAAUUUUUAAAUAAAAAUAUAGCUACAUCAUGGGUACAUAGGCUUUUCUAGCAACUUGGGCUUUCUUAGGAACUCAACAAGUGUAAAUGGUUUCUAUAAUAUGUCAAUCAAGGUUUCCAGUUGCAAGAAACAGAUUAACAUGGCUGAUUAAGCAGAAAAUGAGUUUAUUAAGUGGUUAUUAGUGAAUUCGCACAUUUUGUUACAAGGACUGGAGAACAAAGCUUGAGACUAAGCUUUCAGAAACAGUGUCCAAACCCAUGCUGCAAAAACUGUUAAGAUAAAGAAAUAGCCACCAAGCAGAGACACAACAGUGUGUAUGGAGGUCAUUUCCGUUUCAGGAACUUGACCUUGAGUCCUAAUGCAGGAAGUGCAGCUAGAAGGAAGAAAAGAAAGAAAAAAAUGAGCUGCUUGUUUUCUGCAGUUAAAGUCUCAGUGUCAGCACCUGAGUCCCAGUCUCACGUGGGUGCAUCUUGGCAAAGUCUGAGUCACCUGUCUCAGCUCCUAGGGAAGGAAUUAUGGGAAAUUAAAUUCCAGCUUCUGUCUUCAAGUAGGAACUUUCCCAGCCAUUUUCUGGAAAGUUUGUUGAAAAGAUCACAUGGACAGUCACAAACAUGAUGAAAAUUUAUUAUUAUACGAUGGAAUUAUUUUCUAGGAAUGGAAUUUCUUUCUGUGUUCCUGUUUGAAACAUAUCUUAAUCCUACUCUGGUAUGGUAACUUUUGGCCAUCCCAAAAUGAGAAAAACACUGCUUGUCCGCAAUCCCUAAUAGCCACUGAACUCAGAGGACAAAAGUAAUAUGAUGGCUCAGGGAAUAUUUUGGGAUUCACAAAUGGUCCUUUCUUGGUCCACUUGAUACAGGCAGCCAAUCUUUUGGGAAAAGAUGUAUAUAAUAAACAAUUGAGUAAAAUAAAUGAAAGAAUGGAAGUCUAUCACAAAAACUAUGAUGCUGUUUAAGAACAAAGAAAGAGUAACUGUGAGGAGCUUCAGUUUCAACGACUCACCCGAGAACUGGAAGUGGAAAGGCAGAUUGUUGCCAGUCAGCUAGAAAGAUGUAGGCUUGGAGCAGAAUCACCAAGCAUCGCCAGCACCAGCUCAACAGAGAAGUCAUUUCCUUGGAGAUCAACAGAUGUGCCAAAUACUGGUGUAAGCAAACCUAGAGUUUCUGACGCUGUCCAUCCCAACAACUAUCUCAUCCGGACAGAGCCAGAACAAGGGACCCUCUAUUCACCAGAACAGACAUCUCUACAUGAAAGUGAGGGAUCAUUGGGCAACUCAAGAAGUUCGACACAAAUGAAUUCUUAUUCUGACAGUGGAUACCAGGAAGCAGGGAGUUUCCAUAACAGCCAGAACGUGAGCAAGGCAGAUAAUAGACAGCAGCAUUCAUUCAUAGCAUCAACUAAUAACCAUUUGGUGAGGAAUUCAAGAGCUGAAGGACAAACACUGGUUCAGCCAUCAGUAGCCAAUCGGGCCAUGAGAAGAGUUAGUUCAGUUCCAUCUAGAGCACAGUCUCCUUCUUAUGUUAUCAGCACAGGCGUGUCUCCUUCACGGGGGUCACUGAGAACUUCUCUGGGUAGUGGAUUUGGCUCUCCGUCAGUGACUGACCCCCGCCCUCUGAACCCCAGUGCGUAUUCCUCCACCACAUUACCUGCUCAGCGGGCAGCCUCUCCCUACUCACAGAGACCCGCCUCCCCGACUUCGAUUCGGCGGAUUGGGUCUGUCACCUCCCGGCAGACCUCCAAUCCCAACGGACCGACCCCUCAGUACCCAACCACCGCCAGAGUGGGGUCCCCGCUGACCCUGACGGAUGCACAGACUCGGGUAGCUUCCCCAUCCCAAGGCCAGGUGGGGUCGUCGUCCCCCAAGCGCUCAGGGAUGACGGCCGUGCCGCAGCACCUGGGACCCUCACUGCAAAGGACUGUUCAUGACAUGGAGCAAUUCGGACAGCAGCAGUAUGACAUUUACGAGAGGAUGGUUCCACCGCGGCCAGACAGCCUGACAGGCUUACGGAGUUCCUAUGCCAGUCAGCACAGCCAGCUCGGGCAAGACCUUCGUUCAACUGUGUCUCCGGACUUGCACAUCACGCCUAUUUAUGAGGGGAGGACCUAUUACAGCCCGGUGUACCGCAGCCCGAACCACGGAACUGUGGAGCUCCAGGGCUCGCAGACGGCGUUGUAUCGCACAGGCUCAGGUAUUGGAAAUCUACAAAGAACGUCCAGCCAACGAAGUACCCUUACAUACCAAAGAAAUAAUUAUGCUCUGAACACAACAGCUACCUACGCGGAGCCCUAUAGGCCAAUACAGUACCGAGUUCAGGAGUGCAAUUAUAACAGGCUUCAGCACGCAGCCCCAGCUGAUGAUGGCACCACAAGAUCUCCAUCGAUAGACAGCAUUCAAAAAGACCCCAGGGAGUUUGCCUGGCGUGAUCCCGAGUUACCUGAAGUCAUUCACAUGCUGCAGCACCAGUUCCCGUCCGUGCAGGCGAAUGCGGCAGCCUACCUGCAGCACCUGUGCUUCGGCGACAACAAAGUGAAGAUGGAGGUGUGUAGGUUAGGGGGAAUCAAGCAUCUGGUUGACCUUUUGGACCACAGAGUUUUGGAAGUGCAGAAGAAUGCUUGUGGUGCCCUUCGAAACCUUGUUUUUGGCAAGUCUACAGAUGAAAAUAAAAUAGCAAUGAAGAAUGUUGGUGGGAUACCUGCCUUGUUGCGACUCUUGAGAAAAUCUAUUGAUGCAGAAGUAAGGGAGCUUGUUACAGGAGUUCUUUGGAAUUUAUCCUCAUGUGAUGCUGUAAAGAUGACAAUCAUUCGAGAUGCUCUCUCAACCUUGACAAACACUGUGAUCGUUCCACAUUCUGGAUGGAAUAACUCUUCUUUUGAUGAUGAUCAUAAAAUUAAAUUUCAGACUUCACUAGUUCUGCGUAACACAACAGGUUGCCUAAGGAACCUCAGCUCCGCAGGGGAGGAGGCCCGGAAGCAGAUGCGGUCCUGCGAGGGGCUGGUGGACUCGCUGCUGUACGUGAUCCACACGUGUGUGAACACAUCCGAUUACGACAGCAAGACAGUGGAGAACUGCGUGUGCACCCUGAGGAACCUGUCCUAUCGGCUGGAACUGGAGGUCCCUCAGGCCCGGCUGCUGGGGCUGAACGAACUGGAUGACUUACUGGGAAAAGAGUCUCCCAGCAAAGACUCUGAGCCAAGCUGCUGGGGGAAGAAGAAGAAAAAGAAAAAGAGGACUCCACAAGAGGAUCAAUGGGAUGGAGUUGGCCCUAUCCCAGGACUGUCAAAGUCCCCCAAAGGGGUGGAGAUGCUGUGGCACCCGUCAGUGGUGAAACCAUAUCUGACUCUUCUAGCAGAAAGUUCCAACCCAGCCACCUUGGAAGGCUCCGCUGGAUCCCUCCAGAACCUCUCUGCUGGCAACUGGAAGUUUGCAGCAUACAUCCGGGCAGCUGUCCGAAAAGAAAAAGGGCUACCCAUCCUUGUAGAACUUCUGAGAAUGGAUAACGACAGAGUCGUUUCUUCCGUGGCAACUGCCUUGAGGAAUAUGGCGCUGGAUGUUCGCAACAAGGAGCUCAUAGGUAAAUAUGCCAUGCGAGACCUGGUCAACCGGCUUCCCGGUGGCAAUGGCCCCAGCAUACUGUCUGACGAGACCAUGGCAGCCAUCUGCUGUGCUCUGCACGAGGUCACCAGCAAAAACAUGGAGAAUGCCAAAGCCCUGGCCGACUCGGGAGGCAUAGAGAAGCUGGUGAACAUAACCAAAGGCAGGGGAGACAGAUCAUCUCUGAAAGUGGUGAAGGCAGCAGCCCAGGUCUUGAAUACGUUAUGGCAAUAUCGGGACCUCCGGAGCAUUUAUAAAAAGGAUGGAUGGAACCAGAACCAUUUUAUUACACCUGUGUCAACACUGGAGCGAGACCGAUUCAAAUCGCAUCCUUCCUUGUCUACCACGAACCAACAGAUGUCACCCAUCAUUCAGUCAGUCGGCAGCACCUCUUCCUCACCAGCACUGUUAGGAAUCAGAGACCCUCGCUCUGAAUACGAUAGGACCCAGCCACCUAUGCAGUAUUACAAUAGCCAAGGGGAUGCCACACACAAAGGCCUGUACCCUGGCUCCAGCAAACCUUCACCAAUUUACAUCAGUUCCUAUUCCUCACCAGCAAGAGAACAAAAUAGACGGCUACAGCAUCAACAGCUGUAUUAUAGUCAAGAUGACUCCAACAGAAAGAACUUUGAUGCAUACAGAUUGUAUUUGCAGUCUCCUCAUAGCUACGAAGACCCUUAUUUUGAUGACCGAGUUCACUUUCCAGCUUCUGCUGAUUACUCGACACAGUAUGGACUGAAAUCGACCACAAAUUACGUAGACUUUUAUUCCACUAAACGACCUUCUUACAGAGCAGAACAGUACCCAGGGUCCCCAGACUCGUGGGUGUAGCAUCACGACGCUCAGCAGAGGAACUCUUUCUCUCUAACGUCGUUCGGAUUGAAGUGAAAAGUCGGUCUUGCUGAUUUGAUGAUUGAAAUGUGAAAGUGACAUGGAAGGAACGCGUGAAGUGCAUAUAUAUUUUUUUUCUUUUUUGAGGAAUUAUCAGGGAAGUGAGGAAACCUUUGGGAGAGGACUUUCUAAGCUCUAUUUAGGUGUUAGAUCUAAUUACUUGUAGAUUCUGUAGUCUGGUGAAGGUGUGGGUGACGUGAUGAGAGGUUUGAGAAACGGGUGAAAUGAGACGGGGGAUGUUUAGGUGAAAUCAAAUUAAAGAUGAUUUUUUUAAUGUGAAUAAAGUUAUGUUCAGAUAGUUUGUACAGAAAAAAAAAUAAUAAAAUGGAUGCCCUUCAUGUUUUAUUGCUAUUACUAAAUGUCAAGGUUGUAUGCUAUUAUGUCUUGUAAAUUUCUUUUGUUGGUGUAAAUAUGGAAAUGCCACAUUGGUUAAGUGCCAUCAUUUGUAAUGCAGUGUGUCAUUUGAAAAGAGAUUCCAGGAAACUGACAGCUUAAAAAAACAAAUGGGAAACCCCAGGAACUGUUAGCAACUACAAACAAACUAUGACCUCCUCUGUUUUCACAAUGAAUAGCGUACACUUCGGAAGCACAAGGUCAGUCUGGUAUAGCAGCGCCAUGCCCAUUCCCUGCCUCUUUCAUGGGACACGUCACUGCCAUUUUCUAUGCACAUGAAAGAAAAAUAAAUGUGGAAAUUUCAUCCUUGGAAA